GCGGGAUCAAUAAAAAAAGCCUUUGAAAUUCCUCCACUUCCAUCUAUAGUAUCUAGUGACCUUCAGAGUUGAAAUUAGGGUUUCUGAUUGCAGCUGACAGUCCUCUCCAAUGGCCGAUGGCAACGUAACCAUUUCCAUAUUCUCCCCAUUCGACAAUUCCUCAAAGAAAAACGAUUCCAUUACCACCUCAUCGACCAAAAAACCGCUAAAUCUAUGGCCAGGAAUGUACCAUUCGCCAAUGACGAUAGCGCUCUGGGAGACCAAGUCCAGCAUCUUCGAGAGGCUUCUAGACCCUCCAGUCGACGCGCCGCCUCAAACUAAGCUGCUCACGAGAACUCCCGCGCAGAGCAGAAUGGCUAUUCUCUACAAUUUCUCCAGCGACAGCAUAUUGAGGGAGCAGUAUAGGGACGCUUGGAAUGAGGUCAGGAUUGGGAAAUUGCUCGAAGAUCUCGAUGCUUUGGCCGGCACCAUUUCAGUUAAGCACUGCUCCGAUGACGACAGCACUACUCGACCUCUCUACCUGGUGACCGCAUCUGUCGACAAAAUGGUGCUGAAGAAGCCUAUAAGUGUGGACAAUGAUCUGAAGGUAACCGGCGCCGUAGUCUGGGUGGGUCGAUCAUCGAUCGAAAUUCAGCUCGAUGUUACUCAGCCUGCAACAGAGAUGGCCUCGGACGAUUCAGUUGCCUUGACUGCAAAUUUCAUUUUCGUCGCGCGCGAUUACAAGACAGGCAAAUCCGCUCCGGUGAAUCGUCUAACCCCUGAAACUGAACGUGAGAAGUCACUUUACCAAGCAGCCGAAGCCCGGAACAAUACAAGAAAAAGGAAGUUUCGAGAGAACGACCCUGAAGUCGAGAAUGAAUCAACCGAUAGGGUUGAAUCAUUGUUAGCCGAGGGGCGAGUCUUCUGCGACAUGCCUGCAUUGGCGGAUCGGGACAGCAUUCUUCUCAAAGACACCUGUCUUGAGAACUCAUUAAUCUGCCAGCCUCAGCAGAGGAACAUCCAUGGCAGGAUCUUCGGAGGGUUUCUGGUGCACCGGGCGUAUGAAUUAGCCUUUUCGACUGCUUAUACUUUCGCAGGCGUGCUCCCCUCAUUUCUAGAAGCUGAUCAUGUCGAUUUCCUGAGACCAGUGGAUGUCGGAGAUUUCCUGCGCUUCAAAUCUUGCGUGCUGUACACAGAACAACGCUAUGAUAUGGACAAACCACGAGUACAUGUAGAAGUUGUUGCUUGUGUUACAAGCCCCGAACGGAGAUCUAGCGAGGUUUCAAAUAGGUUUCAUUUCACCUUCACAGUUGGAGCGAAAGCAGAUACUGAUGGGGGCAGCAGCAAGAUAAGGAAGGUUGUUCCGGCAACUGAGGAGGAAGCGAAACGAAUCAUUGCUCGGAAGAAGCUGAUUCAUAGUAGCUGAGAAAUGUGUGAAUAACCUUUCACAUAUAUAUAUACACAUAGCGAGUUAGAGAUAAUAUAUAUAUAUAUAUAUAAACGUAUAUAUAUAGUCGCUGUUACGAUUUUGUAUUCUUGCAGUGUGAUUCAAUGUUCAUGUUUGGUCAUGUUAUUCUAUUUCAAGACAGAAAAA